AUAGAUCUAACUGCAUCCCCGCUGAACGCUCGACUUCACGGGGUGGACUGCACAUUUCUGUUGAAUAGAUUUGAAUCAACAAUCAACAAUUCAUAGUGUUUUUGAGUCAACAAUCAAGAUAAAGAUGCAGUUCAUGCUGCUGUUCAGUCGGCAGGGUAAGCUGCGGCUGCAGAAGUGGUAUGUUCCCCUGUCAGACAAAGAGAGGAAGAAGAUCUCCAGGGACCUGGUCCAGACCAUUCUAGCCCGCAAGCCCAAGAUGUGCUCCUUCCUGGAGUGGAGGGACCUCAAGAUCGUCUAUAAGAGAUACGCCAGCCUGUAUUUCUGCUGUGCGGUGGAGGAUCAAGACAAUGAGCUCAUCACGCUGGAGAUCAUCCACAGAUACGUAGAGCUGCUGGAUAAGUACUUUGGCAGUGUGUGUGAGCUGGACAUCAUCUUUAACUUUGAGAAGGCCUACUUCAUCCUGGAUGAGUUCCUGCUAGGAGGAGAGGCUCAGGAGACCUCCAAGAAGAACGUACUGAAGGCUAUAGAGCAGGCCGACCUGCUGCAGGAGGAAGCUGAAGCCCCACGGAGUGUCCUGGAGGAAAUUGGCCUGACAUAAACUCCCUCCCUCAUCACUGACCCAACUAUCUCCCUCUCUCUUUCUCUUCACGGGGCCCAAACAUCUUGUUCUCGCUCCUUUAAUGUGCUGUAGUGUUGUCUUGUACUAAAACUCUAUCAUGUUGUUCAUGUUACUUGUGCCAAAUGUCUGUUCCUUUUUUUUGUACCUCGUCAACACUCACCUUUUGAAACCCCUAGGGUAUAUGCAGCCAGUAGCCACAAACUACACCAAUAAUAACUGAAAUCUCACCCACCUUAAGUCAGUGUUUUGUUGUACAUGACAUGUCCGUGACGGGCACUUUAACUCCAGUCUAGUAUAGAGAACUUAAAACAAUUCAAAGUAUAUCAUAAAGAGUAAGAAACCACAUUUUACUUAAAUGGGAUGUUCACAAGUAAAGUAAGCAAAACGAUGUCAGUAUUUUUAAGAAGUGUUACAGUUUAAAGUAUUCAUGUUAAUUUUUUUAUUGUUUGACCAAAGAACACUGUGUUAUAAUCAUAUCGUUUUGAAGAUAAAUGGUGUUUAGGGAAAAAUAUGUGCUCUCUCAGGGUUGGGGUCAAUUCUAUUUAAAUUCCAAUCAAUUCAGAAAGUAAACCAAUUUACAAUUUUAACUCAUUGAAGGAAAUGUGCAUUGGAAUAUCAGUGUAUUCCUGAAUUUAAAUGGAAUUGACCCAAGCCUUGCUCUGUAUAGCCUGAGUCCCGGAUCUUUGUGCUGUCUUGCUACCUCUUAUGUCGUUCAGUUGGGAAGAAAGCACAAACACACCUGGGACUCCUCCCACUCUGCAUGCUUUAAAAGGCAAGGGAAGAGUAACACUGGGGACUCCGCCCACUCUGCAUGCUUUAAAAGGCAAGGGAAGAGUAACACUGGGGACUCCGCCCACUCUGCAUGCUUUAAAAGGCAAGGGAAGAGUAACACUGGGGACUCCGCCCACUCUGCAUGCUUUAAAAGGCAAGGGAAGAGUAACACUGGGGACUCCGCCCACUCUGCAUGCUUUAAAAGGCAAGGGAAGAGUAACACCAGUGAAAAUGAACAAAAAGGGAUUCUGUUACUAAUCAAACUUCUAUUCGUCACACAAUGUUUUAACUGUCAAUGAAAACGCUUUUAGGCCACUUGUUUCGUAGCCUGGUUCUGAACUGGAAUAUUCAGUUUGACUCAUAACAGGCUACUUGUUAUGAGGAAGGUUGUGACAAUUGAAGCACAAAUCAUGAGGCACUCCCACUAUGUCACUGCCUGUGCUUAGUGCACACGGACAUGACCAGUUAUUGAAUUGUUUACAAAAACCAUGGGUUAAAGAAGCCUAAACCUGUUGCAAUUCCCUGUCUACCGUACAGACUGCUCCUCCUUUACCAAUGACCAGAAUGGUGUCCUGUUAGGACAUUUAAUGUUCUCUGUAUCUGUCAGCUUGUACUGUAUUUGCUCUUUAACUGUGGUGACAUCCCAUAUGGCACGCUAUUCCCUACAUAGUGCACUACUUUUGGCCAGAGCCUAUGAAGAAGUGCACUAUAUAGGGAAUAGGGCACCAUGUCUUGCUCCUGUGUACAUUGAGUCAUUUCAAAGUAUUGCAUUUCUUUUACACAGACAACUGUCACUACUUCAGUUCUCUUAAAUACUGUAAAUCAUUAAAACAAAUGUCUAUGGAUUAGCAGAA